AUGCUGACUGGGGCUGGUUUAGAAAACCCAUCUGAUGGAUUAGAUGAGCAGACUUUGGAACCUCCUGCAGCCUGCUCACACCUCUGGGCUCUCCGGGGACUUGACAUGAAGCUGGGCAGCCGCUCCGGAGGUGUGAGGGGCGCACACACGUGGAUCUGCUCCUCAAACAGGGCGAAGUUUGAGCCCACAAAGAGCGCUGCCGGAGCACAGGAGCCCAGUAUGAAAGGCUGGGGAAGUGAGCUCACGGUGGGGGAGAGCAUGGAAAACUCGUGGAGGAGGAGGACUGGGACACCGGUGGUGAGAUGGAAGUGGCUGAGAGACUCACUGCUGCUGUGCUUGUUUACCGGUGGUGGAGAGGCCCAGUGUGAGGGCUGUACGGAGUACUGCUGUGACGGGUCGCCUCCCUUCUGCUGCUCCUACUACGCCUACGUGGGGGAUGUGCUCUCGGGCACGGCCAUCUCGGGCAUCGUCUUCGGCGUGGUGUUCCUGAUGGGGGCGGUGGCGGCGCUGUUCCUCUGCAUGUGCAUGUGCGUGAAGAACGGACGCGGCUCGCGGGUCGGGGUGUUCAGCACCUCUUACAUCAACACUGUGAGCCAGGGCUACCCAGGUCCUCCACCUCCAUACACGUAUGAUUAUGAGAUGUAUCCACCGUCCUUACACCCCCCACCUUACACACCUGCCCAACCUUCACCGGCCAGCUACUCCCCGCCGCCUCCGUACCCCGGCUGCACCCGCAAGUGAAUCCCCUCCACGCAGCCCAUGCCUUGGCCUGUUUUCUGUGCCUGCAUUCAGAAACCUGGACUCCUCCUUACAGCCUCUGCUGUUGCCGUGUGGGUGCGACCCACCCCAAAAUAUCCACAUUAAAACUUGAAGAGUGGCAGGCUAUGAUAUCCUAGUCAGCAUGACUGACUUUCUUCUUCGCCGUAGUGGAGAAUGGGGCAGGAAACGAAUGAUCUGGCUAAAUGUGGGUCAGGCCUGCUGCAGAACAAUUAAGAUCCUUACCUGCGCCGUCUGUGCAUCCUCCCCCAUUUCAAUUUUAAGUGACUUAGUUGGCAGUUUAUGAUUCUUUUUUUUUUUCUUUUAAUUUUCAAAUAAUUUUUAAACAAGUCAGGUCUGGACCUGUCUUGUGUACAGAUACUUGAAUCUACUUCUUAAUAAAGACUGGUUCUUGGUAAUGAACUGGCUUUUAUUACCAUGCUUGAAAUAUAAGACAGGGAUUGAAACUAAACAGGGUCAUGUUGAAAAAGAAAUCAAAUCAAAUACAGCUGUGGGGAAAUUAAGGUUUUUCUACUCAAAGUGACCUAUCUGUAUUACAACUGUGAAUUAACGAGGUUUAACUAUGUAUACAUGUCAGUGCCUGUGCUGUAAAUUAAAUAUGUUUUGAAAUAUACACA